UUAACAUCAUUACUGGUUUGCAGAGCAAACCUUGAAACUAUAUUUUGUAAUUUGUCGAUUUUUGCUCCUUGUAUUUUUCAAGUUCGAUUUUGUCACUUUCGUGCUACCAUGAAGUUUUUGUUUAUCUUUUGCCGAUUCUGCUCAUGAAUAUGUAAAUUUAGAUGCCAUUUUGAUUUUGUCAAGCACUGACGUUCGAGGGACGAAAGUCUCUUAAUUUGUAUCAAGUUGGCCAGGAAAUGCCGCCCAAGAAAUUGAAUAAAAUAAGGUAGUGAGCCUGCCUGACUAUACAGUUUAAAGCGGCCUUUUCUGGUGUCUGUUAUCUCUGAGUCUUCGACGAUCCAUCAAUUCAAUUUCUUCAAUUUCUAUGAUCUGGGAGAGGUCUGAAGGUCACCACGAGAAGUCUGCUGUCUGGAUCUGACGACUCUUCACAUCAGGGAUCAGAAGUCUUAAAGAGAUAUGUCAGUUGAGAAAGUCAAGUCUCUGCGCCUGCAGAGGAGAGGGGCAAAAGCCAAGUUGUCCAGGUAUGGAAAGGCCCUUCAGAGCCUGAUCAAUGAUCAGAGACCUGUACCAGAAGUACAGGAGAUGUUUGAACAGUAUGCUGGUGCCUUUGAUGAUCUUCAGAAUAAGCAUGCUAGUUAUACCGAAGUGGUAGAAGAUGACGACGAAUUCGAAAAGGAAGAGUUGUGGAUGGACGAGUGCCAUAAUUCGUUCAUGAAGCUACAGAUCAUCGAAAGGGACUAUUGCAAGGUUGAUGAAAGUUUCAGGGAAGUAACGCAACCCCAGGAACAUCAGCAAGGUGCAUCGGCCAGGUAUUAUCAGAGUUUAGAAGCAACGUUGUCAGCCGAUGAACAGCAAGAUGAGUCACCCAGAGAGGCAGGUCAGCCUGCUGAUGCAGGAAGGAGAAUGAAAGGAUCUGCUUAUAAGAUGGAGAGGCCUAAACUGCCAAGCUUCGAUGGCAACAUCCGAGAUUACUGUAUCUUCAAGGCUGAUUUUCUCCAUGCUGUUGGAAAUCAGUACGAUGAUAGAGAUGCCCUCAUGAUUCUCCGCUCUUGUCUUCAGAGCAAGCCCUUGCAGUUGGUUAAAGGGAUAGGACAAGACUAUACCGCAGCCUGGGAGCAACUAGAUAUGAUUUACGGGGAUGAGCGGUUUGUAGCUGACGCCAUCAUCAAUGAUAUUUCCAAGGUCAGACCAUUAAAGACGGGAGAAUCUGACAGGUUCUGUGAAUUCGUUCACCUUGUUCGAAGGAGUUACAACACCUUAAAGGAGAUAAACCAACCAGGGAACCUAGACAACAGCCACAUGCUUGCCAUAAUGGAAAAAAAGCUUAGCCCGGAAGACCGACUGGUUUGGUUUAGACACCAAGAAACAUGUGGCAAGGCAAGCUUCGAUUUGUUCCUCACCUGGCUUACAAUCGAACUGAAGUCCAGAAUGAGAGCGUCGGCCCCAGUAAGAAGUGAUAGUAAGUCAGGUGGUGUUCAUAUAGUAGGAAAGGCAGUACCCAAUGAAGAAACCAAAUUCCAGCCUUUUCACAAGUGUUGGAUCUGCGAGACUUCGUCACAUUGGUUGGAUCAGUGCAAGAAGUUCUUAGCCAUGUCACAGAUAGAUAGGCUUCAACUAGUCAAGACCAACCAUGCAUGUUUCAGCUGUUUGAAGAAGGCUGGGAAAGAACACAGAAUGUCCAACUGCAAACGAAGACGUAGGUGCAGUGAAACAAGUGCUGGGGAACCAUGUAAAUACUUCCACCAUCCCCUCCUACACGCAUCAACAGAAGUCAGAGGUGGAAAUGUAGAUGUUGCCUUUGCGGGCAACUCGGAAGCACUGCUGCCUAUUGUUACAGUCGAGAUCUUGGGGCAGCGAGGAGCAGUCUGUGAGGGAAAUGUGCUCUUGGACUCUGGAGCACAAGUAAGUCUAAUCAAGAAGUCUGUUGCUGAGGAACUGAAGCUGAAGGGAAGCAACAUCAGCAUCACCAUUACCAAGGUCGGUGGAGAGCAAGAGCAGAUGGAAACCCAACAACAUCAACUGAAAGUGAAGUCCCUCUCUACUAAUGCCAUCCAUUCGGUGACAGCAGUGGCAUUACCAUGUAUUAGUGAGAACAUUGCAGAGGUGAAGAUGGAUGCAAUGGCCAAGCUGUUUAAUCUGAAGUCCGGUGAUCUACGAAGAGGAAGUGGGUCAGUUCAUCUUCUCAUUGGCAUAGACUACCCAAAGAUGCAUAUGGGUAAGUCAAGACAGAAGGGACAGUUAGCAGCUCGUAAAUCUCCACUGGGCUGGGUUAUCUUUGGUGCUCCCAAGAAAAGCAGUGACAGGAUGAAUGUGCUGCAUGUGAAGUUGACAACUCCUAUCGACUUGACUGAUUUCUGGAGCUCAGAAUCCAUGGGAGUGCAGUCCAGCUCCUGUCAUUGCGAGCCAAGUCCCUUGAGUAAGCAGGAGAAGGAAGAAGAGCAGAUCAUCAGAGAGUCUAGCAAAAAGGUUGGAAAUAAAUGGGAGAUUGCUUAUCCUUGGAGAAAAGAUCCCAACCUACUUCCUGACAAUCGAGCACAAGCAGAGAAGGUACUGUGUUCAACAGAGAAAAGGCUUGCACGAAACCAGGACCAUGCAGAUGCCUAUGUUAAACAGAUGAAAGAACUGGUAGAGAAUGGAUUUGCUCGUAAGUUAACAGAGAAUGAAGUAGAUCAGUAUGAGGGUCCUAUUCACUACAUAUCCCACCAUGCUGUUCUGCGACCUGAGAAGAGAAGCACACCUGUACGCAUCGUAUUCAAUUCAUCAUCAUCAUAUCACGGUCAUUGCUUAAAUGACUAUUGGUUCAAGGGUCCAGACCUCCUGAAUGAUCUUUUGGGGGUGCUGCUGAGAUUCCGGAUGAAUGAAGUUGGAUUCUGCGGAGACAUUUCUAAGAUGUACCACAGGGUCUCGAUUCCUGAGAGAGAUAUGAAUGUACACCGGUACCUGUGGCGAGACAUGCAGACCGAUAGAAAGCCAGAUGUUUACAUUAUGAAAGUGGUUACGUUUGGAGACAAGCCAGCGCCAGCUAUGGCCCAGCUGGCAUUGAGAAUGACAGCGGAAGCAGCAGAAGCUACACAUCCGAAAGCAGCACAGGUGUUGAAGGAGAGUGUCUACAUGGACGACAUUUGUGACUCAGUUAGAGAAGUGAGUGAAGCAGAGCAGCUUACAAGUGAAAUUGACCAGGUACUUCAGGAAGGUGGCUUCAAAGUCAAAGGCUGGACCAGCAAUGAAGCAUUGAAAGGAGAAAGUAAAAAGGAAGGGGAAACCAGAAUCCUUGAAGCUGCCCUGGAAGACAAAGUGCUGGGAAUAGCAUGGGAUAACCAGCAAGACAUGUUCUUCUACAAAGUAAAGGAGACAGUUCCCAGUUCUCCUAAUGAUGGGAAAGAUGAAGAGAGUCUGCUUACCAAGAGAAAGGUCCUGAGCAGAAUUGCACGAAUAUUCGAUCCAAUAGGCUUUGCCGCUCCCGUACUAGUUCGUGCAAAAAUUGGAAUGCAGCAGCUGUGGCAGAGAGGAUACGAUUGGGAUGAACUGUUACCUUCCGAUCAACAGAAGUGGUGGGUGACAUUCUUGAAAGAGAUGCAGGACUUAAAUAACGUCAAAUACGAGAGAUGUCUUACUCCACCGAUGGCUAUCGGUCAACCCACACUAUGCAUAUUUGCAGAUGCAUCUGAGGUAGCAUUUGGAGUCUGCGUAUAUUUGCAGUGGAAACUAGAAGAUGGUAAAUAUGCUGUUAGAUUUGUACUAGCCAAAUCUCGAGUCGCUCCUCUGAAGAAGAUUACUGUACCUAGACUAGAGCUUCAGGCGGCAGUGAUGGCUGCAAGAGUCUACACAACUGUCAUGAAAGAACUGAGGCUGCAGCCUGAGAGUGUCAUCUUCAUGACUGAUAGCAUGAUCGCCCUAUCUUGGAUUCGAAGUGAGGGUAGGAGAUUCAAGCCAUUCGUUGCAGCAAGGAUUGGUGAAAUCCAAAGCCAUACCAACCCUGCACAGUGGAAGUAUGUCCCAGGAGAGCUUAACCCAGCUGAUGACGUCUCUAGAGGUCUGCCAGUAAAGAAGCUCUCAGAAAGAUGGAAGCAAGGACCUGCGUUCCUGUACAGACCUAAAGAGGAAUGGCCGUCAGAAAAGGCUGUUCCAGACACAGAAACAGAGGUUGAAUCAGAACGACGCAAGGUCAAUCACAUCUCAGCCAAACAAAAUGAUGUGAUAGAUGUCAAGAAAUUCUCAAGCUGGAGAAAACUAAUCCGAGUGACAGCCUAUGUCUUGAAGUUCGUCGAGAAACUGAAAGCUGCACGUUGGAUAAGGUCUGAUGACAAUGUCGAUCCUGAUGAAAGAUGCUUAUCGACAGCCCAGUUGCAGAAAGCUGAACGCUUUUUGAUUAAGGAAGCCCAAACUACCUUGCAUCAACGGGUAAAGAAUGGAGACUUCAAGACACUAAGCCCGUUUGUAGACAAAGAGGGAAUUAUCAGAGUCGGUGGACGGCUAGACAAGGCUCAGAUAUCUUAUGAGCAAAGACAUCCAGCUUUGCUGCCAUAUGGUGCAUGGAUAUCAACGCUGAUCACAAGACAUAUGCAUCAGCUAGGACAUGGUGGUGUGGCAGCUACAGCAGCAAAGAUAAGACGCCAAUACUGGAUCCUGCAGAUUCACAAGCUGGCAAAGACUGUGAAGUAUAGGUGCGUGAUGUGUCGACGCAUGGAGCAUCAGGUGGAGUCACAAGUCAUGUCUGAUCUACCAGAUGAGAGAGUUGCCCCGUUUACACCACCAUUUUACUUCUCAUCUGUGGACUAUUUCGGGCCAAUAUCAGUUAAGGUAGGGAGGAACAAGACCGCCAAGCACUAUGGGGUCCUCUUCUCCUGCCUGAAUACAAGAGCCAUACAUCUUGAAGUGGCUGUUGAUUGCACGUCCAUGGAGUUCAUGCAGGUGCUACGGAGGUUUUUCGCCAUGAGGGGUCAACCUGCAUUCAUACUGAGCGACAACGGCACACAGUUCGUCGGUACUGAAAGAGAGUUACGUGAGAUGGUGCAAGGUUGGAGCUCUGAGGAGUUAAGAGAUUUCUGCGCUGAGAGAGGAACGACGUGGAAGUUCACAACUCCAUCUGCACCACAUCACAAUGGGUGUGCUGAGGCGCUAGUGAAGAGCUGCAAGAUUGCCCUGAAGAAAGCUAUCGGGGAUCAACUGCUCACACCCUUCGAGCUGCACACCUGUCUCCAAGAGGUCGCUAAUCUCGUCAACCAGCGACCCAUUGGAAGAGCACCAAAUGAUCCUGAUGAUGGGACAUAUCUGUGUCCAAACGAUCUACUCCUUGGAAGAUCUUCGAGCGCGGUUCCUCAAGGUCCCUUCAGAGAGACGAAGAACCCAAGACAUCGCUUCGAAUUUGUCCAGCGAAUCGUCGACGCUUACUGGAAGAGUUGGAUGCGUGACGUCUUUCCACUACUGGUUCCGCGUCGAAAAUGGAACAAUGACAGACGCAAUGUCCGAAUCGAUGACGUGGUAAUUCUGGCUGACCAUAAUGCAGUUCGAGGAAAGUGGACAUUGGGUAGAAUCAUCCAGGUGUACCCUGGAACUGAUGGGAAGGUUCGAACAGUAAAGGUCAAAUCUAAAGGUUGUGAGUAUAAGCGACCAAUCUCGAAGAUUGUUGUAAUCUAUCCAACAGAAGGGUAUGACGAUGAGUAAAAAGGGAGUUAAUCCAAUUAUGUUGGCUCUAUUAUCUCGCUAAACGAGGUAAUUUGUGAAUUUUGUGAUACGUUUGAACAUGUUGAAUUUUGUACAAGCAAAAAUUUUAUUAACGCACAGUUGUUAAAAAGCUCAAAAUUGGAAGCUUGGGAUAUAUUUGUGACAAGUACAAUUUUGAAGUGAAUAUUUUUCAUCAAGUUUGUUAAACAUUGUUCUUUUACAGUGAAGGGAUAUUGACCUGUUUUCCGCUAUGGUUGGCGGGGGGAGGAUGGUUUGCAGAGCAAACCUUGAAACUAUAUUUUGUAAUUUGUCGAUUUUUGCUCCUUGUAUUUUUCAAGUUCGAUUUUGUCACUUUCGUGCUACCAUGAAGUUUUUGUUUAUCUUUUGCCGAUUCUGCUCAUGAAUAUGUAAAUUUAGAUGCCAUUUUGAUUUUGUCAAGCACUGACGUUCGAGGGACGAAAGUCUCUUAAUUUGUAUCAAGUUGGCCAGGAAAUGCCGCCCAAGAAGUAAGUUUGAUGAUUAAAAUACUAUAUAUUAUAUAAGUAAUAAGAUAUAAAGAUAAUUUCCACAGAGUAUUAAGAAAAAGUACGUUUAAGAUAGUGUAGAGAUUCUUGAACUGUAAUAAACACGUGCGGCGUGUAAUAAACGCUCGCAGUAUGCGUGUCUGUGUAAUGUACAGUAAAUGGAUGUGAAAUGAACUUGAGUUGCGGUGCGCACUCGAUUCGGCAAGGUAGUUGUACUUUAUGAGCCGAAGUGUGAAGUUUUAAGAGUAUAUUUGAACGUUAUAAAGACAUAAGCUUGAUAGAUUAAUUCAGGAAAAGUAAUAUGAGUCGUAUGAAUAUUUGAGUUUUUGAAGGGAACAAAUGUUGAAUUUAGCGGCGUGAUGACGUCAUAGGCGAGAUUCGUUAGGGCAGGCAUAUGGGCGUGGUCUCAUGUAUUGAUUGACGUUUGUUUUCGUUUUAAUUCUACCAAAGAUAGGUGAGGUGUAUAAAGGCACAUUUAAAAGGUUGUACAAUGACAGUUUGAGUAAUUAUCCGAUUUUUAGGAACUUUUAGUUCAGUAGUUUUGUCAAACAAACGAAGCUUUAAUUUAUGCAAGGUCAGUUCAGGGUCACCCGUUGCCUUUCUUUUGUGUUUUUAAUAUUAGUUUGCAAACGCUAGCUAAGAAGGAUGCCUGUUAAGUUGAGAAUAUAUAUUGAAUGUUUUUAAAGGGUUUCUUAUAAAUUUAGUCGGGCUUAACUAUUUAUCUGGUUAAUAAAGCUUUUUGGCAAGUUAUCAUUAGGCUCAUUCAUGAUAUAACUGAAAUUAAUAACGGAUAUAUUUGUUUGUUAAUUGUGUUAUUUAAUAAUAAGUUAAGAA